AUGCUCUCCUCCGGCCUGCUGGCGCUCCGCCGUGCCCUCCUCCGCUGCCCAGCUUUCCCGGCCGGACGCGCGGCGCUGAGCGGGUCGGCCAUGGAGAAGCCGGUGGAGUCGGGCAUCCGGGCCAAGCUGCAGGCGGCCCUGGAGCCCCUCCACCUGGAGGUCAUCAACGACAGCCACCUGCACGCCGUGCCGCGCGGCGCGGAGACCCACUUCCGGGUGGUGGUGGCCAGCCGGCGCUUCGAGGGCCUCUCGCUCAUCCACCGGCACCGCCUGGUCAACGACCUCCUCCAGGAAGAGCUGGCCGGCCCCGUCCACUCGCUCUCCAUCCAGGCCAAGACCCCGCAGCAGUGGGAGAAGAAGGGCGCGCCCGUCGGCCAGAGCCCCCGGUGCCUGGGAGGGGCCAAGCACGACCCGUCCGCGGCCGGCAAGUUGGCGAAGACGGGGCUCACGCAAGCCGGGCCGGAGGGCCCGGGGGGGCUCUGA